AUGGCUCGUGUUAAUCAGGUUCCCGGACUCGACAGCAGCGCCUACGAGCGCAUGCCUAAAAUAGGCGAGACUUCGCGGAAGAAUCAUCCCAAACGAUGCAACUGUGGAUGGUGUGGUGGUGCCGCAGAACACGGCCAUCCCGAUAGGGAAUGUCCAUGGAUCUAUGCCACUGCCAAUUUUUGGAAGAAGACGAUCCAGAUGUACAUAUCGGUUGCCGACAGAAAGGACACUCCCUAUCUCCCGGUAGGGGUGCAAAUCAGACCGACUCGAGAAGAGCAAACAGUCUUGGCGCAGACCGACCACAGAUUCACCUCUUUUCCUCAUGCCCAAAAGGACACCGAUGAGAUUGUGGUACCUGCUGGUGUCACCCUGAGGUACAUACCGGAUCGCUGGAAGGUCACUUCUGAAAAGCCUAAGCCGGAACCUCGGCCGAACCCCCCCAAGAGUAGCAAGCGUCGACACGACGACGAAGACGACGAGCCGAAUGCGCGAGAACAUAAACGUCUAAAAGAUCAGGUGUCGGAUCUGAAGAGCGAAGUCGCCUACCUCCGGGCCGAACGCGGCAGAUACCAGAACGAGGCCCGAGAGCUAAGAGCCGGUCGUAGCACUCAUCUGCGCUAUCCUGAUCCCUAUGAUAAUCAAUAUGAUCAUUUCGGUAGUAAGGCACCUAUGCCUCGCCGUCGUUAUGAGAUGGAUUCUGACCAGUCCUUCGACCGUGGGUACCGUCGUGGUGCUAACGUACCUGAGCCUCCAUACGGCUACGAUCGCGGUGGUGCGCCCACCGGUUCCUACGCUUACGACACGAGCCCCGAUCGGCCAUCCAACGUCGGGUUACAGUGUGACAGAUCCCUGGCAGGCCGCUAUGGCGGACGUUCUGCAACCCACGAGGGCAGACGUCUUGCAACGUACAAUAGUGGAUAUGUCGCAAACCAUGAUGGUGGAUACCCUGUGGGCCAUUAUAGUGACAACACUCACAAAUCCAUGCAAGGGUACAAUUCAGGUCCUGGAAAGUUCGAUACAACACCGCGUAUCAGCUUCGGCAGCGAUCCCCAAUCGGGAGGAUUCCAAGGAAGGGCAUAUGAACCGGCUAGGUCCUCUGAGAACUUGAGGUGGAACAUGGGGUUGGCCGAUGAGGACCAAGCUCCCAAGGACGUGUUUAUCAAACAGGAUGAGGAUGCAGAGGAGACACCACCAGUAGUGGUUGCGAACAAUCAGUUGGAGGAUGCGAGGAAACAACUGGACAAGGCAACAAAGUUGUUGCAGGAGCUCGAGAAAGCUCGGAUGAAGGAAACUUCCGACGAGUUUAGGAGAGGACCUGGGAGGGGUGGUGGAUAA